GGGCCCCUCCGCCUGCGCCCGCCCGUGCCGCGGCAUCUCUUCCUCUCCCACGCGCGCGGCCUCGAAGCUCCUGGCGGGUGUUCCGCCCCCGCUGGGAUCGCUCUGAGCACUGGUUCCCCAGCGCCCUCCCCUCGCCCCAGAGUCUUGGGUUUCGUCACUCCGGGUAGCUCCCACUCUGCCCCCGCCCGACUCUUGCCCGGCGGGCCGCCCUCAGUCCCUGCGCAGGGCCCUCGGGGACACCCCAUCCGGCCCUGGAUGCGGGCCGAGGCGCCGUGCGCGGCGCCCGGGGAGGGGAGGGGAGGCGACGCCGUCCUCGCGUUGGGCGCAGCGCCCCUUGGGUGGCAACGCAGCUCGGAGCCCAGCCUACUGCAGAGUUGUCUGGAGGGGGAAGGGUGCAGUGAGUCAGGGGCACACCCAGCGUACCAGGCCUGUUUCCGGAACUGACAUCCCAGACUAGUUUGAGGUGGCCGCUGGGGGGUGUGGAGCGGGCCCAGAAGCUUAAGAUCUUGAGGAGGUGGUACGAGUCUGUCUUCCAUCCUGGGGCUCUAGAGGGAGUGCUAAUACUACGUUGAUGUAACUACACUGGAUGAUUUCAGGGUGCUUUUCUAUCGUUUGAUCUGUAUCAGCAUAUUAAUUAAACAUUAGAAUUCUUCACAAGCGUGGGGUUCCGGUCAUGAGAACGACAGAAAACAUUUACUGAGCACCUACUGUGUGCCAGACGCCAUUCCAAGCCUGCUUCUCAGAUCUUUUUCCAUUCUCGGAAUAACCUUUUUAUACUGGUCCCAGAAAACCCCGUUUUGCAAAUGAUUAUACAGGCUGAGCUGAGAUUCACCCAGGUGAGGGGCUCUGGCCCCCUCGUGUUGCCUACUGCAGCAGCCCGUGCUAAUUCUCUCUGUAGGUCCUUUGGUGAGGACCUUGGUCACCUCUGAGUCAGGGUGUGAAUAGCAUCUUCCUGCAGGGGGUACCGAGCUUGGUCUCACCCAGUGACUGGGCAGCGCACAGCAUGUUGGGUGAGCACACAGUUUUAUAAGCAGACAGUGGCUGAGGGCCUUUAUCUGUUUUUGAAGAAUAGAAAAGUUGUAGGGAUCUUGAGGCACUUACUGAAUUUGAGUAGGUUCAACACAGCAGGUACAAACGAUGAAGUAAAACCACGUAGGUUGAUCUCGGUUAAAUAUUGAAAUCUGUCGAUUAAAAAGAAAAGCUUCAUUUAGUGAACAUCUCUAGAGCACCACAGAAGUGCAUGGCUCCAGCUGUGGGACAUGUGAAGGGAAUGACACGGCCAGCUAAACAGAGUGUCUUUGGUUUUAAGGGCAUUUCGCCUAUUUUUAGCAGAUUCUAGGGUUUCUAGAGUAGACAAACAUACCUGCAGUUAAAGACACUUAUACUGUUUUGCAACCUUUAUGCCUUUAAUUUACUUUUCUUUCUUUCUUUUUUUUUUUUUGGCCACGCCGCGCUUUUCUUGUGGGAUCUUAGUUCCCUGACCAGGGAUUGAACGCGGGCACUCGGCAGUGAAGGCGCAGAGUCCUAACCACUGACCAUCAGGGAAUUCCCUUUAAGUUACUUUUAAAUGUGCCAAACACCAUACAGAGCCCGUCUCUUCACAGAAUGUGCUGAUCAAAAGGGAAGAUGUUUUCAGUGCUGAUUGUAUAAUGUACUAAACAACGACGGCCUUGCAUUUGGAAUUGGAAAGAACUGACGUAGACCUGUUUUUCCUGUAAACUUCUAGUGCAUACAGGAAAGUGCGUUUAACGUGGAGAACAAACGUGACGCAGGGGUUCGAACCGGGUCUGGGUAUAGCAGAGGUGUGAGGAGGCAGUGCCCUCUGCACACCGCCCCAGCCUUCUUGCUGUGGGGUGAGGGUCGAGGAUGAACCGAACGGAUUUUGUUUCGCUGACUCCCCACAGGGGCUGGAUGACUGUGUUCCUUGUGUGUAAUCUUAGCCCGCGCCCUGGCGGAGUAGCGGAUUGGAAAGUGGCGCUGGUUGUGUUUACAGCUGUAUUAAGUUCCUUCACGCUAAAAAAUGGAAGAGCUGUUAGAUCCAGCGGCUUUGUUUCUAACAAAGGUUUCCUGUCUGUGAAGAUAGUAUUCUUACAGGAGGAACCAGAUUUAGGGAGUGGCUGCCUUGUGCCAGCAUUUCUAGAACCUGAAGAAGCAACUUGGGUGGCCUGAGAUGUGGCUGCUCCCAGUCUGGUGGCCAAAACCAUCUUUGCAGAACCUUUCAGAGAAGAGGCAUUGUCUCCACGGGUCCCCCGCCCCUUUCUCCUAAACCUGCCCUUGCACCCUUGCUUUCUCCCUCGGUGGAAACCUCUGUCCUCUAUUCCUCUGUGACUUCUUAUUUGAUGCUCUCUGACCGCAUUUUGUCUCUGGCAGAUAUCAACCUGAAUUCUCCUAACAAAGGUCUGCUCUCCGACUCCAUGACGGAUGUCCCUGUCGACACAGCGGUGGCCGCCCAGGCUCCUGCUGUGGAGGGUCUGACAGAUGCCGAGGCGGAGGAGCUCAGGGCUGAGCUUGCAAAGGUGGAGGAGGAAGUUGUCACUCUGCGCCAGGUGCUGGCAGCCAAGGAGAGGCACUGUGGCGAGCUGAAGAGGAGGCUGGGCCUUUCUACCUUGGAGGGCCUGAAGCAGAACCUGUCCAGGGGUUGGCAUGAUGUACAGGUGUCUAACGCCUACGUGAAAACUUCUGAGAAACUUGGAGAGUGGAAUGAGAAAGUGACCCAGUCGGACCUCUACAAGAAGACCCAGGAAACCCUCUCUCAGGCAGGACAGAAGACCUCAGCAGCCCUGUCCACCAUGGGCUCUGCCAUCAGCCGGAAGCUUGGGGACAUGAGGAAUUCUGCCACCUUCAAGUCAUUUGAGGACCGAGUUGGGACCAUAAAGUCUAAGGUUGUCAGUGGCGGAGAGAAUGGCAGUGACAACCUUCCCUCCCCGACCGGGAGUGGAGACAGACCCCGGCCCGAUCACACGCCCUUCUAAGCCCGUAGCGGCUUUGCCCGGCCACGGAACAAGCACACCGUCAUCGCCACAACGGCAACUUCGAGCGGCGGGUGUUGAGAACAAUCGGGCCAUCCCCGUGGAGACGUGGCUGCCGCGCUCGCAUGGGUCAGAGAACAUGUCUUGUACACGGAUGCCUCCCCUUCUGUCGGCAGAUCAGCAAAUCACUGCGCCGUCCUGCCUUGGAGCAGGAAGCGGGCAGGGUGGCGGGUCCCAGGGUGGGAGCCAAAGCCAAGCUCCUGUUGGGAGUCUUGUUAGUGGAUCAGCAUGUUGAAAGCGGGGUGGGGGGGGGGAAGAGCGAUAAGUAUAAAAUGCGUGGUGUUUUCUAAACUCCUUCCCUAAGUCGCAGAAGGAAGAGUCAUCCAGAAAGCCCUGCCUGAUCUGCAGUUUUAUUUCAAAAUGCCAAACAGGAAAACUACCCAUUUCCUGAGAGCUUCCAGAAAGCUGAUGAUCAGCAGACGCCUGAUCAUUACGCUAAUGACCCAGCUUUAAGAAAAGCAAAUUCUUUAUUUUUUAGAAGCAGUGGGUUUUUCAAAAAGUAAAACUAAGCAAAGCAGCUUUAGCCUCACAGUUAGAAAAUAUUAUUCCUUUGGACUCAAGCUGAAGUGCACGCCUUAUAUUGCCUUAUGUUUUAUUUGUUUAUAAUGUUUUUAUAUAUAUAAAUGAGGGUUCCUUAGUGGAUUUUGAGCGCUAUGUAAAAUCCUGCAUCCAGCCGAGGGGCAGCACCUCUGUGCCAGUGGUGUGUUUUAUUUCACGAGUGCAUUCCAUCCCCGUAUAGAAAACUGGCUUCUCGCUCCUCUCAGUGACCGGGGCAGCUCCCACUGGCUGGUGGGGGUGGGAGAAAGAAAGACCAGCACCUUCACAGAGGGCUGGCGCUGCCCCUGUACAGGCUGGGCCUGGCUGGCACAUCACCGAUCAGCGGCUCCAACCUGGGUGUGUGGCACACGCCAGGGCCAGCGAGCAACAGGCAGACCCUGCAGGUAGGUCAGGGCCAGGGCGUCGGGUCAGCUGGGACUCUGCUGUUGCCUUUUCUCAGGAGCUACAAAGAUCUCUUUCUGCUCCGAUGCCGCCACAGCCCAGCAGCCUCUCACCCAGGGCUCCACGUCUGGCGCACCUGGAGGGGCGCUCUGUGCCUUACAGGCUCUUAGCGGGCAGAGACCUCGCCGGCAUCUGUGCACUCUUGAAGGGAAGGAGCUGUCAGCUCAGUGUCUUCUCUGGUCGACUGUGAUGUGCUGUCUGGUACCUGAGUGUCUGCUGGUCACUUCAGACACACUGGGGGGUGGGGGGUGGCUGCAGUCCACACUCGUGCCUUGGGAGGAACGCUGCUCUGUGCUUUUUCCCCAGGGUUGGAGUCUCUCAGAUGGGGUGUGAUGGGAAGGCAGGAUGCAGGUGUAAUAACUGAUUUAUCUUUUCCUUAAAGUAGAUAACGGGUGAUUUGUCAAUAAAGCCUUCCUUUGGGGGAAAACCCACUUAA